ACAUCCAGGCGAAGUGAGAGCGGCGCACAGCGCCAGACGGACCUGAGCGGUUAGUGUGGAUACGCAGCGGAGCGCACGACUGAGGACUCUGUACAGCGCAACUCCAACACAAAUGGAUAUUUACGUGGCUUUGUUAUCCCUUUUCUUUUUUACCAAACCAGCUUUGGGUUUCGGAUCAGAUCAAGACUACCAGAUUGAUAUCAUCAAUGAACUUGACCUGGCAAAUGCCACUUAUGGAAUUACCCAAGUGGCGGGGCUUCACAACACCAGCAAAGCCUUCCUAUUUCGAGAUGUUGGGAGAGCAGUUCACGCCCCGGCACACAUCACAGAGAAAGUGGUGCAGCUGUUCAGGAGUAAAAGUGAGUUUACCUUCUUGGCCUCCAUCCAGCAGAAGUCCUCCACAUCAGGAGUCAUAUUCUCCAUCCACGAGUCAGAACACAGUUACUUUGAGCUGGAGAGCAGCGGGGUGAGAGAGGAGAUCCGCUAUCACUACCGCUUCAAAGGAAAGCCUCGCUCCGAAUCCUUCCCCUACCGCCUCGCUGACGGCCAGUGGCACAAGAUUGCUCUCACCAUCAGCGCCUCCCACCUUCUGCUGCACGUUGACUGUAACAGGAUUUAUGAGCGGGUGAUAGACCCCCCUCAGAUGGAGCUCACCCCAGGCAGUGGAGUGUGGCUCGGCCAGCACAGCCACAAGCAUGGCCUGUUCAAGGGCAUUAUCCAGGAUGUGAAGUUGAUUUUCGCUCCCAACGGCUACAUUACACAGUGUCCUAACCUCAACCGCACCUGUCCGACCUGCAGCGAUUUCCUGAGCCUGGUCCAAGGCAUCAUGGACCUUCAGGAUCUACUGGCCAAGAUGACCCUGAAGUUGAACUACGCAGAGUCCAGACUGACACAGCUGGAGGGCUGUCACUGCGAGAGGACCUGCAAUGCCAACGGCCUGGUCUACCGGGAUAAGGAGCUGUGGGUGGAGCCCGAGAACUGCAGGAACUGUGCAUGUAAGAAUGGCGUGGUGGAGUGUCGCAGGAUUUUCUGUCCUCCGGCAAACUGCUCAGAGGACUCGCUACCUGUACACGUGGAUGGGACUUGCUGCAAGAAAUGCAGACCAAAAUGUACCUACAUAGGGCAGACCUUUCCUGAAGGCCAGCGCUUUUUAUCCAGGAGCUGCAGGGAAUGCAAGAACGGCCUGAUGGUGAAAGUCACAGAAACUUGUCCAGAGCUCAACUGCACCGUCAGUGAACAGAUCUUACCAGACGGCAGAUGCUGCAAUGUUUGCAGAGGUUAUGACUUUUGCGCAGAGGGACUCAUUUGUGGAGAAAACUCUGAGUGUAAAAACCGGAAUACUAAAGCAGAGUGUGAAUGCAAGAGCGGCUAUGCCUCCAUCCACGGGGAUUCAACUUACUGUGAAGAUAUUGAUGAGUGUGCGACCCAGAUGCAUUACUGCCAGUCCAAUACAGUGUGUGUCAACCUGCCCGGAAGCCAUCGCUGUGACUGUCUGCCUGGCUUCAUCAGAGUGGACGAAUACUCCUGCACCGAGCAUGAUGAGUGCGCCAGCGGGCAAAAUUUGUGUGAUGAGAACGCCAUCUGCACCAACACCAUCAGAGGACACCUGUGUACCUGCAAGCCGGGCUACGUGGGCAACGGCACCAUCUGCAGAGCCUUCUGUGAGGAGGGAUGCAGGAGCGGAGGGACCUGUGUGUCUCCCAACACGUGUGUCUGUCCCUCUGGAUUUACAGGACGACGCUGUGAGACAGAUAUCGACGAGUGUGCAGAGGGCCUGAUUGAGUGCCACAACCACUCCCGCUGUGUCAACCUGCCCGGCUGGUACCACUGUGAAUGCAGAAGUGGUUUCCAUGACAAUGGCUCCUACCUGCUCGAUGGGAGCUCCUGCAUUGAUAUCGAUGAGUGCAGUUUGCAGACACACACCUGCUGGAAUGACAGCGUGUGUGUGAACCUCCCGGGAGGCUACGACUGUGUUUGUACAUCUGGUCCGGGCUGCAGCGGCGACUGCCCCCAGGAAGAGGGAAUCAGACGCAAUGGAGAAGACUGGAAACCCAGCUUUGACCGUUGUGCUAUAUGCUCCUGCAAGGACGGGCAGACAUACUGCAGGAGGAGACCCUGUGACUGUGGAGACCCAGAUGAGGAUCUGUUCUGCUGUCCUGGCUGUGACAACCGGCCCAACAGCCAGUGUCUCGACCAGAGCGGACGCACACUCUACCGCAGUGGAGCAUCCUGGCUGUACGGCUGCCAGCAGUGCCGCUGCAUGGAGGGGGAGGUGGACUGCUGGCCUCUGGUUUGCCCCGUGUUGAUGUGUGAGUACACAGCGGUGGCGGAGGGUGAGUGUUGCCCGCGCUGCGUCACAGACCCCUGCCUGGCCGACAACCUGUCGUAUGACAUCCGACAGACGUGCCAGGACCCCGCAGGCGUCGUCCGCCUCAGCGGAGACACAUGGCAUAUGCCCAACUCACCCUGUACCACCUGCAAGUGUAAGAAUGGGAAUGUUUGCUGCUCAGUGGAUCUCGACUGCCUUCAGAACAACUAAAGCUCUCCUCCUUUCACUGCGGGACUGCCACGCCCCCUCCUUCAUCCGACGACCCUCCCCUUGGAUUCAUAAAACAGACUCACGCACACACUUGUGCAUGCCAGGGUGUGCACAGAAAAUACAAACACACACUGGACAGACUGGGAUGUUGAGACUGUGCUUUUAUGCCGUAACUUUGUUGACAAAGAGUUUUUGUGUGUAUGUGUGUGUGUGUGUGUGUGUGUGUGUGUGUGUGUGUGUGUGUGUGUGUGUGUGUGUGCGUGUGCGUGGCUCAGGUGGAGACUGAGGCCAUAGUCACCACAGUCACUGUGUUGUGUAUGUGUCUUUGUGUUGUUUCCAUUUCAGUCCACAUGUGUUGAGGAAACCAGUUUAGCACCAUGUCUUGAACCCCAAAUCUGGGAGGAGCAGCAGAGUUAUUAGGAAACUGAUUCACAGCUGGGCAGAUGCAGAUGUCCAGCUGUCUGUGUUGCCUCAAUGUAGACUCACUAUUGUUUGGUCACCUUGGAGGUCAUCAUAAUACAUUUAUUAUUGUGGUGACCUAAAGUAAUGCACCCUAAUUGUAUAUGAUGUUCUGUGAAGCUACAGUAUCAGGAUCCAAGGUUGACAGGAGAUAGUUUGAUGUAGAAAUAACACCUAGAAAAGUAAGAAAAAAAGACCUUCAAGUCUGAUGAUGUAGGUUCCGUUUCCAACUCAAUACCAACUUCUUUCAUGAGAGUGACUUUUUCGUGUUAUUUCAACAAAUACUUUUACUUUCCACUGUGACAAACACCUCACCUGAACCUUUGAGAUGUCUUGCUUUAUACAAAGUUACUUCAUGACACGUGCUGACAAGCUGAUAUUUUAUCAAACAGCUGUGAACUAAAUCUUUCUCUGGCAGAUUAAGAAAAAUCAGUAAAGAAGGAAAGAAGGGAAAAAAUCUUAAUCCAUUAACUUGGCUGUGCAUUUACAUGUUUCUGUGGGUGAACAUUCAAACAAAUCAAAGGUGCAUAACUUUUCUUUACAUUCUAUGUAAAUGUUUUAGGACACAUCAUCCAAAUUCCUGCAUCUACACCCAAAAGCUGUCUGCUUCCUCCACUUUAAGGACCGGAUCCUGCAAUGUCCAUGUAUCUAGAGAAGAUAAAUGCCUGAAUUUGGUGGACACAGUAAAUGAUUUUAGCCCUCAGUAUCCCACUAUGCACCAGUCAGUUGUCUCGCAUAUCGUUGUUAUACAGUUGUCCAUCAUGAUUUGAACUGAAUUAUUUCAGCAUGAACUGUAAACUUCCUAAACUAUUAUUAUACUUGUUCUAGUUUUCACUAGUAUUUCUGGUUUUUGUUUGAGGGCAACAUCUUGGUGGUAAAAGUAAGUAUUAGAAGUAAGGGUGAUGCAUUUUAUUAAGAUAAAGGCCAUUUGCUGAAAUCCAUUGGUUUCAUAAGGAAGUUGUUCUCAAUAGGGGAAGUAUUGCUGAGGCUUUGAUUUUUGACAAGCAGCGCCUGAACACACCAUUAGUUUUGACAAACAAUGACAUUUGGAAAGGAGGUGCAGUCUCCACAUGUCAGAGUGCUUUGAAUCAAGUGCUUGUUGGACCAUCGAACAGCAUCUGAAAUUCCCUCCCCCACAGCCUUCCACCGUUGGGGCGGGGGGGAUGCAUUUGACAACUUUGGCAAUUUUCUGAAACAGAUAAUCUGACAAGCACGCCCACUUCAGACAGUGAUUGGCCAGGUGUGUGGAGGUGUGAGAGGAUGAAGGGUUUGAACUUCUUGCUCAAGCGUGGUUGUCCGAAAUUGUGCGUCAUUAUCCCCAUUUCAAUGUUUCUCGCCCUACGAUUGCAGUCUUGUUCCAGAUGAAGGGUGGCCAUUCGGAAGAGGUAUAAACACUUUUUUAGACGUAGGUAGACAACACUUUGUAUGAAGAACUGUAGUUUAUUUCAAGCAUACCCCAUUGUAUUUACUCAUUGUAAAUGACCCACCCUCAUGAGUCACAUUCUUUAUAAGAUCCAAACAACAUUUUCCCUCAGCCUCAGUGUUUCCUCUCUGAUGAGGCUGACUGUCAGAUAGCUACCUAUGACAACAACAGCAAUGAAAAGCAUGUGAUAUCAGUGUGCACAACAGGCUCUCGCACCGGCCGAAGCAGUUGACUUACUCAGCGGAGCUCAUGGUGCAUCAGACUAUUCUUGCAUCUCCCAGAGCUCCUCAGCUCCGAACCAUACACUCAGAGUGGCAGAGAAACAUGAAAAAGCAGAAAGAGAGAAAAAGUGGGGAUAAUUAAAGCCAUGUCACGCUGGCCUGGAUUUGAGUAUGCCAGGAGGUCACCAAGUGUCAAAUCUGUUUACAGACGGCUGGGCUUAUUAAGGCAGGAGAGUAUGGUGCUUUCCUGCUACAGUUCACAUAGUCACAGCUCUGAAGCCACUCUGUUCUCCCGCCCUGCCCUCUCCUCCACACCUCUCUGCAUUAUCCUCAAGCUUGUCUCGAGAGUGCUAACGAUUCCCUGAAGUGUUGUCAUUAUCAACCCGUUUGUCCAUCACUGUCUGCUGUUUUUCCCACAGCAAACCAGAGAGAAUUUCUAACGCUGUCUAAACAUUCUGACUUUGAACUGCGUGUUAUGGCCAUGAAUUAUGCUUCAACUAUGAAAUUACUACCUGAUAACAGCAGAAGUCUAACAUACCAGUUGCACCUUUUGUUCAGGUGAAAGUUAUUCAGUAAACCUUUCUUAUACAGCUCUUUAUAAACCCACUUUACAGUCAAGGUAAAAUUAUUUCAGUAGAAAGAUUUUCAAUGCUGGUACCAACAGUCAAGGUCUCUACAAUCUUGUUCUUCUGCACACCCUCAGCAUAGUUGCACAUAUCAGGAAAAUUUUCCUUUGAGAGAAUCAACUUGCUGCCUCAGAAUGAAUAGCAGCUCCCACAGAUUUAGAUAAUCCUUAACAAUGAAAAUGAAACCUUCGUUUGGCUUUUCUGUGUGAAAUGAAGUAAAUCAGCUGGAACCCUAAAAUAUACUAGUAUUCCUCAUCAAAAUCAGGGUUGAUACUGGAAAGCCUAGAGCACACUACUCGACUUUUACUGUGACUUUCCUAUAGCAGACAAAUAUUUGAGAUCUGAGACAGAAAUCCUCAAGUAGGCAUGGCUCUGUGACUCACCUUUUACUUUGUAGUGAGCCAUCCUACUCACUACCACAUAUUUCUGUCAUAGCCAGAAACAACAUGUGCUUGUAGAGCAUUUUGAAGGCUGAGACAAGAGAAGAACAGUAUCCAAUGAAAAUAGUCCAAUAGAAAAUGAGAAAGGCAGUGGACACGUGUAGAGUCACUUCUCACAUGUUGUUUUCUCAAUGUUACGGCCAUUCCCUCCUGUUGAGAAUCUCUCCAAAUUAAAUAAUCCUGUCAUCAGUACACUUCAUUGGAGAUCAGUUGUGUCAUUUCUGCACCCCACACAUUGAUAGGCCAAGAUCAAUAUAGCAAAUGUAAGGCUUUGUUGUAGUCUGCACUAGCUAUAAAUGAAAAACUUUGAUGCAUUUUUUUGGAAUUGUAACCGGCAUAAGGGGUGACCUUGGUCUUUGUAUUUGAAAAUAAAUGUCUCCACCAUCUCGCUCCUACUGACCUUCCACUAUUUAAUGUCAGACUAGUUCUUGUUUCUGGUCGUGUUUCUGCUCCCUCACAGAAACAGCGGGAAAAGAUAUUUUUCUACGUGCACAGAGUGCGUUGUUUGGACUCCAAAACACGGUGGUCCUCUCACAAACUUUUGCAAGUGAUGAUGUUUGUUCAACGUCUGGAGGGGAAUGUGGCAUGCAGUGAGGUGUGCCGCUGCUCUAACCUCUCGGUCACAAUGUCCUUGUGUUGUCUUUGUUUGCCACCACAUCUGUUUGUGUCUCACCUGAGCAUUUCUCUGUGUACUAUCCUCCAUUGUCACAAUGCCUCUUGUAAAACUCAAAUUGUCAACUGUGCACAAAGUACACACAAAAGAGAAAACACGUGAUGUAAAUGGUAUCUGUACCCAUCAAGUUUAACACAGCAAUCGAAAGCAGACAUUUGUACAAAAGAUCACUGAAAACAAGGUUUUCAGAUUGCUCUGUUGAUUGAUUUGAUAUGAAAUAUAAUGACUACUGUAAAACACUAUUUGCAAGUCUGUGUGUAAAUGUUUUUACAUACUGACAAUAUGAUAAAAUUAUACAGUUUUUUAAUUAUCAUUGUGUUCAUGAAUGACGUAUUAAUUUUAGUGGACUACUUUUCUUUUUGUGGGAUAGGUUCUGUUUUGCUGUAAAUACUGUGUAAAGUGAAGGGUACUGUAAAGAGAGUAAGACUAUGUGAAUAAUUUCACUACAGCAUCUUAGGAUCUGAGCGUUGCAAGUCGAGUGACAGAGAAGCAACAUUUCUAUUGUUUCUACUAUUUCUUUAUUUUUCUAUUCUUGCCUUAACCCUUUUAGUAUCUGCCAUAGUUUAAUCUUUGUCUUCUCGCUGUUUUAGGACAUUAUGGAUUUGACUAGACUGUGUGUUUGUACAGAUCUCUGAUCAGUUAGUGACCCUCAUUAAAAGCUGAGGGUCAACAGAAGUGCAUUUUGGGAAUCAGAAUGAGCGUAGACCAGUGUCUGUUUUGGGCAUCUUUGCAAACAGAGGACAGACUUUUCACUUCACACCUUUUUCUUUUUUCUUUUAACAUAUGUCUGUAUGAACUGAACUGAAAAAUCUCUUCAUGAGAGCCAGACAAAAUAGAACUAUGUACACAUGUAAAAAAAAAAAAAAAAAAGAAAUCUAAUGUUGACAAUGACAAUGUUGUUCUUGAUUCAGUUCCUACUUAAAGAAAAAAGCAAGCCAUUGUGUUUCUCCUUUAAUGUCUGACUUUUUAGAAGAAGCCGUUUUGGACCUUCUAGUUCCGAAUGUGCUUGUUCAUGUUUUUGAUAGAGGACCGCGGCGGAGGAAUCCCCCAGGUCUGUUCAUUGUUACUUCUCCAGAUCAGAGUGGCAAACCUAAUUGUACUCAAAGGGUUAAGUGUCAUUUGACUUGAAGACUGUGUCGUGAUAAGAGUUUGCUGUAAAAAAAAUCCUUCAUUUAAUAAAUAUUUUAGUUGUUUACUUUA